AUGACUCUGUUACAGGUUCCUAAGGCCCAUGGCAAGAUGAAAGGUGGUGCCCUCACGAGCUGUGAAGUCUACCUUGGUGCCGCUUCCCCCUUCACUAUCGCUACCUACGAGAGUCCCGGUGAUGGCAAGUUCUCCCUAACCAGUGCCAUCUGUGGCGCUAAGAAGCUUUCUGCAAGCGUUUUGGGUUCUUCGGCUGCUACUAGGACGACUCAAACUGAGGACUGCAAUG